AUGGAUAAUCAGGAUGGCCAGGGCACCAGCCAGGCUUCGACUUCGUUAACAUACCUCAGUGGGUCACCGCAAUAUUCUCUUGGACAGUUCCAGUUCCUUCAGUCUAGCGGGACGUCUGCCGUCAUUUCUCAGUCGUCUUCUAAGCCGCUGUUGGUCCAGCUGGCCAAUGGACAAACGGUGCAGCUGCAGGGCAGCUCUUCGUUGCCGCACAACCUUUCAAUGUAUGUCUUGAACAGUAAGACGACGAAGGCGAUAGACGAAAUCAUAUACUUCUGCGUUUCCGUUGGUGCUCGUAGUCCGAAAGCGCAUCCAAAUACGUUAGGCUUGUCUAAUGACAAACUGAUACUAUGGAUUUGCCCAUUUCAUUUGCGCAUAGUCGACAGGGGACUGUUGCGUACAGGUCCCCUACAGAUCAUACAACUGGACCAGAACAGUCUUGCGACGCUCACAGGGACGAUGCCGACUCUGCAAAUUAUUCAGGGCAGUUCGGCGGCCGAUUCCGGCGGCCAACAGACUCCCCUGAUCUACCAACCCGUGACGUCAAACUUUUCGUCGAGCAAAAAUGACGGUGUCGACGACCAGCAGCAGCAACACCAGCAACAGUCAAAUCAGGACCAAUCAUCCUCGGUGAACAACAACCGCAACCAGGUGUCCAACGAGGCUAAUGUCAUUCAACUUGGACCAGACUCAAACCUUAGCCAGAUUUUCCAGUCUACCUCAGCAACAGGGCAGGCGCAGAUCAUCAUGCUACAGAUGAUGCCAAAUUCGGCUAUCAAUACCAGCGCUCUUGCUGUACCUCCAAACACUGCAACGAAGCCUCCCGGUGAAGAUGAACCGCUUUACGUAAAUGCUAAACAGUACCACAGAAUAUUGAAGAGGCGUGCCGCUCGGGCGAAACUUGAAUCUGAAGGACGGAUCCCUAAGGAAAGAAGGAAAUACCUUCACGAAUCCAGGCAUUUACAUGCACUGAACAGAAUCAGAGGCGAAGGAGGGCGCUUUAACCCAGGGUCUCGCGGAAAGGGUUCUGAGAACCACGUUUUCGACUCAGAGCCUAUGAGUCGACGACUCGCCGCCUCUGACACGUCACUAACAGCGUCGGAUCACGGUAACAGAUCGGCUACAGACCGGAAGUUCCGCGACGCCACUUAUCCUCAGAAGCAGACGCCUAAAUCGCGAAAAGAUGCGUUCGAAAGUAUAGGAGAAUCAUCACCACCGUUGACGCGUGCCGUUCCGCAAUACCAGCAAAUGUUCAUGGAAUCGAACAAUUUCAGCAAGGUCAUAUCUAUCUCCAACAGCAGUAGCUAA